AUGGCCAGAACUAAGCAGACAGCUCGUAAAUCUACUGGAGGUAAGGCUCCCCGCAAGCAGCUAGUCACCAAAGCUGCCAGGAAGAGCGCCCCAGCUACCGGCGGAGUAAAGAAACCUCACCGUUACCGUCCAGGAACUGUGGCUCUCCGUGAGAUCCGGCGUUAUCAGAAGUCUACUGAAUUGCUGAUCCGCAAGUUGCCCUUCCAGCCACUUGUCCGUGAGAUUGCUCAGGAUUUCAAGACUGAUCUGCCCUUCCAGAGCUCUGCUGUCAUGGCUCUGCAAGAAGCCAGUGAGGCUUACCUGGUCGGUCUCUUUGAGGAUACCAAUUUGUGUGCUAUCCACGCCAAGAGGGUCACCAUCAUGCCCAAAGUUAUUCAGCUGGCUCGUAGAAUCCGAGGGGAGAGUGCUUAA